AUGAGCCAGCCCAACCAGCAACCACGCCGAGAUGGUUAUCCGCAGCGGCGGCACGAUCGAUCACAUCGAUCACCGUACCUGGAUGCUCACCCACGUCAGUCACGUCACUACGAGCACACAGACCGGGACGGCACAUACCAGUCGUACAGACCAAGCUACAACAAUCAACGCCCUGUCAAUGGACGACCGUCCUUCAUUAGAAAUGCAACCCCUGCGAGACAAGCCAGGAGUCAGAACCGCUGGGCUGAGCACAUAGCACGUUUACAGUCUGCCGCCCAGCGCCCAACACCACCCACAGCAUCAACACCAGUCAAUCCGGCUUCAACACCACCCGUUCAGUCCGCCGCCCAGAUUCCAGCACCACCCGCUCCAGCAUCAACACCAGUCAAUCCGGCUUCAGGACAGAUCGUACAGUCUGCGGUCCAGAGUCCAACACCACCCGUUCAGACUUCUACGCCAGUCAUUCCAGCUUCAACACCACCCGUUCAGUCUGCUGCCCAGAUUCCAGCACCACCCGUUCCAGCCCUCGACGCAACAAUCCCAGUGGCAGACGGCAGCGGGCAGACCAUAUGGCAUUUGUGGCAGCCGUCUUUGCCCACACCACCAGUUAACCCAGCAUACGUCCCUCUACCAGGAUUAACCAGGGACUCACGCCAAGACGUGUACAGUGCCAUAGAGCACUUGUUCAAGUUCCUCUUUCCCAGCGGUGCCGGAGUUCCCUGUAAGGAAGUUGCCGAGCAGUUGCAAAAGUACUAUCCACAACUGCAUAGGCAAGACUCGUCUGCCGCAUAUUCAGCAUGGACGAGCAAGGCGAUUAGAGACACACCUCACAUUGGAAAGGUGCUUGGCAGAACAGAAAAACCUAUACAUUAUAUCCACAACCCUCCCAGCCGGUCCCCAGUCCAACUUGCGCCCCGGCCCCCAGUCCAACUUGCGCCCCGGCCCCCAGUCCAACUUGCGCCCCGGCUCCCAGUCCAACUCGCGCCCCUUGCUCCAGCCCAGGACCGAGCCCAUGAUGGUAGUCUUAUUGAUUUCAGUUAUCUGGUCCCGAUACGACCUUCUGAGGUUUCUCUUCGUCACUUUGCCGGUUCAGAUGCACCAGGGCUGACUACGGUGGAGCCUACCGCCAUUUAUCUGUACUACUCACGCUCAACGAAUUAUAGGUACGCCACUUUUGCAGAAGCAGUAAGGGAGAACCACGCUGCCAGUGCUCAAUUUGCACAUGCCUGGGAGAACCAUCUCAACACUAUCAAUGUUCUCUUUGCAGCUCCAGGCCGACCACCACCAGAGAACAUUUUUGCGCUUCAUGUCCAAGCCGACGCAUCAAAUUCCUGGCCUGCUCGAGGAACAUCAUCUAACGGAUUCCAGGCAGCCCAUGACUUGUUCAGUAGCCUCCCAGCCGGCUCACAUGUGCACAUCAUGGCAAGGGGUGCCGACUGCCUGCCUUUGGAGCGCUAUGGGCUUCGCGAUCUUUUUCUGUGUUAUCCCUCCAUCACUUUCCAUGUCCGAAUAUACCAGUCAAAUACCGGGCUUUUGAAAUAUACGGCCGCAAUCCUACUUGAAGACAACCUAACAAUAGACGCAAUGCGCGACAUGUUUCUCGUACAGCUGAGGCUUGCCCUAUCGCGCUACAGCACUAUUGGGCAGAUACCAUCUACUACUCUUACGUUUGAAUUUACUUCACAUGAAUACCUUGCUGAAGUACGCCAGCCACAACAUCGAGCAGGUAGUUUCAUAGCAGACUGGUUACACGCACAAGCUGGGAUGUCGAGUCUGAGGAAAAGCAGACCCCAGCGCCGGGUUAACAACAACCGCAAUCAGGUUCCAGACAGUGUUCGGGCGCUCUUUCAAGUUCAAGAGCAUCAAUUAAUCACCCUACGCUCGAAGCUCAUGAUCCAUCUUGUGAUACUCAGCAAGACGGACGAUGAGUCCCUGAAGCUUCUUCGCCAUCUUUGUGAGACGCAACCGGAUUGUAUCAACUAUAAAUCCGCAAACGGUCUGACGCCCCUGCUGGUGGCCUUCGGAUUGCAACGGGUGGAGAUGGCAAAGAUUCUGAUUGAAGCCGGCGCAGAUCAAACUGUCCGGAACCACAACAAUGACAACUUGGUUCAUUUCGCACUCCGAACCUCGAAGACCGAUGAGACUGGGCGAGCAAACCUACGCCAGCUACUCGAGCUUGUUGAUAAACGCCUCAUCGCCGGCAUGUUCACCGAACGGGCCACCGCCGCCCCAGGCGCGGCUACGCCCCUUGCUCACUGGAUCCUCGUCCGUCUUCAGGCUAACAUCGGUCGAUUCCCCUAUAACUUUCAACAGAAUGAGGUUAACCCCACAGUCGUCGAACAGGAGCACGUCAUGCGUAUGAUUCUCGAGUUCAGCAAGGGCGAAGACCUUGGUCUCGUGAAUGGCGAAGGCGACACGCCACUCCACGCCGUGGUUCGCUAUGGAGCCUACCACCUGCUUCGCAUCAUGCUAGAAUGCAGACCAGACCUGCUCUUCCGCGAGAACGCGUCGGGCCGGACGCCCUACGAGAUGGCCGAGGAUGCGCAGCUCGCAAACAACGUCUUCAACAACCCGCCCUCCCUUGCCGUGCAGACGUAUGGGCAUAGGUACUACGGCCAGCCCGCAAGCAGCGCGAUUAUACACAAGAGCCCCGAGAGAUUCAUCAAGAAGGACUCGCAAACGAAUGUCAAGCAGCAGACGUGGAAUGUGUGUCUUGAGUUCAAGGAGAGGAUGGGCGCGGGCAAGAAGAGGAAGCUGGUCAGUUUGCUGGAGGCGAACGAGGUCGCGAAGAGGCUGGCCGGGAAGAAGCAGAAAGUGCGCAGGCAUAGUGAUGAGGAGGACGCGCAGGACGAGAACUCGAAGCGCGACGAGGUGGAUAUCUGGUUCAACAUGGGGUUGAGCGCUUAA